CUAUCUCACAGUUGAACGCAAAAUCGAAGAACAAGAUUGGUAUCAUCAACCUUAUUCCUAUUCUAUUCCAUUCCAUCCACCGAUCACACUCACUCCCACUAUCACCAUUCACCACCACCUUCCUCAAACCAAACCCUUUUAACAUUUUUUAAUUUUAUUUUAACAUUUUUAGUUUUAAUUUAUUUAUAUUGCAAAACCAUCCACUCAGAUUAAUCCACGUCACAUCUCGUUAUCUCAUUCAUCACCCUCUCUCUUUUCUUCUCUUCUUUCUCCUUUUUCCCCUUUUCAAAUCCAAUUAGGGUUUCAUUUCCAUCUCGAUUUUCGAUUUUCUUCUCGUUCCGUUUUAUAUUAAUAAUCCAAAGGGAAGGGACGAGGAUGAGGCUUCGGAGAUCGGAAAUCGUCUUCGCUAUCUUUCUCUGUUGUGGCACCCUUUCCUCCACCGCCACCACCGCCACUGCCACCACCGCCACCGCCGUUUGUCCCAUCAAAUCCCUCUCGGAUUCCGUCUUACGGUUUUCCGAUUCGACUUGUUCGUUAUCCGAUUCUCUUGGAUCCGUUCGUUAUGUUGGUGUCACCCAGGGAGAUGAGGUUUCUUUGCAGAAGGCACUGAAUAUGGUUCAUAAGAAUUAUCAUGAGUAUGUGGCUGUGCUUUUCUAUGCUUCGUGGUGUCCUUUUUCGAGGGUGUUUAGACCGGUUUUUUCUGUUCUUUCUUCGUUACAUCCUUCUAUACCUCAUUUUGCUAUUGAAGAAUCGUCGGUUAGGCCAAGUACUUUAUCCAAGUAUGGUGUACAUGGUUUUCCUACGUUGUUCAUUUUGAAUUCUACUAUGCGCGUUCGGUAUCAUGGAUCUCGGACGCUAGGAUCUCUAGUAGGUUUCUACAAUGAUGUUACUGGAAUUAGGAUUGAUUCACUUGACCAACUAUCCCUUGAGAAAAUUGGGCGCCCAUCAGAUGACGAGAAUCUCAGUGACACUGAACCAGAAAGCUGUCCAUUUUCAUGGGCUAGAUCUCCAGAAAAUUUAUUGCGACAGGAAACUUAUCUAGCUUUGGCCACUGCAUUUGUGGUUAUGAGAUUACUCUACCUGUUUUCUCCUACGCUGCUUAUAUGUAUUCAAUAUGCUUGGAGAAGGUUCAUCCAAAAUGUUAGAUUAUGGACCUUGCUGGAACAUCCUUUGGUUUAUUUGAAGCGAAUAAUACAGUCGAUUUACCGUUUGAAAGAGCCGUGCAAGAGAAGUAAUCUGCAGGAAGGAGCAAUGAAUGCUAAGGCAUGGGCUUCCAAGUCCCUUGCCACAGUUUCAAUUGGAGAAGAAAGCACCAGCCGUGUGAUGCACCAGUAAGUUGCCUGUAUCCAAAAGUUUUUUCCCUGUGAAGUAUACCCUAUUAAAAAGGCUUGGCUGCAAAUUAUGCCACGUUCUCUCGUGUAAUCUUCACACCCUUGAGCCUCACGCUUAGUGAAGUCAAUUGUGUUUCUGAAUGAUGUAAUCAUCCCUUUUUGUCCAUAUGAUCAAGAAAUACUUCAUUCAGCAUUCUAGAAAAUUGACUUCAAUGUGUAUAGUUUAAACGGAAAAAUUCAGACCUUAAAUCUGUAAUUCUUUGACUUCUUGUAGGUUUACCUGAAGGUCAAAUCUUUUUGAUCAUCAGUUCAUAAAUUUAAUUUUGUUGGGAAUGAAAUGAUUGUAAUCCUACCCUGUACUGUUUGUCUGUCAUGUUCAUGUACUCAAACAUGUUUAUUGUAAAACUUAAAAAGUAAUAAAUCUGAUUAAAUUA